ACUAAAAGCUCAUUGCACCCUCUUCCUUCUCAAAACCCUCUUGAUUUUUUAUUGCCGAGCCGAAGUCCCCAGAAUCACCGUCUUCACCUUUAUCCGCCAGGCUACACGGGCCUCGGCAAAUAGAAGAAACGCGCGUAAAAGCCCAAAACGACCAAAACAGGGCUAUCUAUUCACUUCUUUCCUUUGUCCGUUGGGAGAAAUCUCUCCUCCUCCUCGAGAGAGAGGAAGUUAAUGGUGAAAAAUGAUCUCCCAUGUCUCAAGACCCCUCCAUUCAAUUCAAUUUUCAAGACCCUUCUCCGCCUGUAAAGCCCAUCCCCAGGAAAUAUAUCUUCUUCCUUCUUCUCGCUGUGGACUUCGUACAUGUGUUUUUCGAACACUUCUGCGGUCUAAGUGCAGCUCCGCAAAUUUCUUCAAGCCCAAGAAGCUCAACAUUAGGGCUGGCGGUGCUCAAAUUUCGGGUUUGAGCUCGAACCAAGAAUCAACAUCCCCAGACAAGCAGCGAGAACAAGAUGACGCUGAGUCCGCCCAGCUAUUUCAGAAAUUAAAGGAUGCAGAGCGAGAACGGAUAAGUAAGUUGGAAGAAAUGGAAAACAAGGCAAAUGUGCAAUUAGAGAGGCAACUUGUAAUGGCUUCGGACUGGAGUAGGGCAUUGUUGACUAUGCGGGGUAAGUUAAAGGGAACAGAGUGGGAUCCUGAGAACUCACACCGGAUUGACUUCAGUGAAUUUUUGGGACUUCUUAACUCAAAUAAUGUCCAGUUUAUGGAGUACUCCAACUAUGGUCAGACAAUAUCAGUGAUUUUACCAUACUACAAAGAUGGAAAAUUGGAAGGACCAGGAGGAAAUUUGAGUAAGGCCAUUGUUUUCCGGCGUCAUGUGGUUGAUCGAAUGCCAGUCGAUUGUUGGAAUGAUGUUUGGCAGAAGUUGCAUCAACAGCUAGUAAAUGUUGAUGUUCUUAAUGUGGAUCCAGUACCUGCAGAAGUGUACUCCACUGUUGCAACUGCAGUUGUGUGGUCUAUGCGGCUAGCCUUGUCUGUUAUAUUGUAUAUUUGGAUAGAUAAUUUGAUGAGACCAAUUUAUGCAAAGUUAAUACCUUGUGAUUUGGGGGAUCCUAGCAAAAAACCAAUCCGGCCACUCAAGCGUCGUGCACUUGGAUCAUUAGGCAAGAGUCGCGCAAAAUUUAUAUCAGCAGAAGAAACUACUGGUGUUACUUUCGAUGACUUUGCUGGUCAAGAAUACAUAAAGAGGGAACUGCAAGAGAUUGUUCGAAUUCUUAAGAAUGAUGAAGAGUUCCAAAAUAGAGGCAUAUAUUGUCCUAAAGGUGUGCUUCUUCAUGGACCUCCUGGAACUGGUAAAACCCUACUGGCAAAAGCUAUUGCUGGUGAAGCAGGACUUCCUUUUUUUGCAGCAAAUGGCACUGAUUUUGUGGAGAUGUUUGCAGGCGUGGCAGCAGCUCGUGUCAAGGAUCUUUUUGCUAGCGCCAGAUCAUUUGCACCUUCCAUCAUUUUUAUUGAUGAGAUAGAUGCUAUUGGUAGCAAGAGGGGUGGACCUGAUAUUGGUGGGGGUGGUGCUGAGAGGGAGCAAGGCUUGCUUCAGAUACUGACAGAGAUGGAUGGAUUUAAAGUUUCAACAUCCCAGGUGUUAGUUAUAGGUGCCACAAAUAGACUUGAUAUUCUUGAUCCUGCUCUCUUGAGAAAGGGCCGUUUUGACAAGAUUAUAAGGGUUGGUUUGCCAUCUAAAGAUGGUAGAUUGGCCAUAUUAAAGGUGCAUGCCAGGAAUAAAUUUUUCCGUUCAGAACAGGAAAAGGAGGCUCUGCUCCAGGAAAUUGCAGAGCUUACUGAUGAUUUUACGGGGGCUGAGCUGCAGAAUAUAUUGAAUGAAGCUGGUAUUUUAACUGCUAGGAAGGAUUUAGACUACAUAGGACGAGAUGAACUUCUAGAGGCAUUGAAAAGGCAAAAGGGCACAUUUGAAACAGGGCAAGAAGAUAGUAGGGAAAUUCCGGAGGAACUAAAACUGAGGUUGGCAUACCGAGAAGCAGCUGUGGCUGUUCUGGCAUGCUACUUUCCAGAUCCUUACCACCCUUUUACUGAGACAGAUGUACAUUCCAUUCAUAGCCAGCCAAAUAUGCGCUAUGCAGAAAUGGCAGGCAGGGUCUUUUUAAGGAAAUCAGAUUACGUGAAAUCUAUUGUGCGUGCUUGUGCUCCCAGAGUAAUUGAGGAGGAGAUGUUUGGUGUUGAAAACUUGUCCUGGAUCUCGGCUACAGCCACGUCAGAAGCUUCAAGGCUCACAGAAUUUUUGAUUCUUCAGACAGGGAUGACAGCAUUUGGGAAAGCAUAUUACAGAAAUCAAAGUGAUCUUCUGCCAAAUCUUGCAGCCAAACUAGAAGCACUACGAGAUGAAUACAUGCGUUUUGCCGUUGAAAAGUGUUCAUCUGUGCUGAGGGAAUAUCAUUCAGCUGUGGAAACAAUCACAGAUAGCCUACUCGAGAGGGGAGAGAUUAAAGCUGAGUAUAUUUGGGACAUAUACAGACAGACUCAUCGAAUACCUCAGCCUGCUGUGAAUCCGGUUGAUGAAUAUGGUGCCCUUAUUUAUGCUGGACGGUGGGGUAUCCAUGGGAUUUCGCUUCCUGGGAGGGUUACUUUUGCACCUGGAAACAUGGGGUUUUCAACCUUUGGCGCACCCCGUCCAAUGGAGACUCAGAUCAUAAGUGAUGAAACAUGGAAGCUCGUAGAUGGAAUCUGGGAUAAAAGGGUUGAGGAGAUUAGAGCUGAAGCAUCAUUGGAGAUUGAAGAAGAUGAGGAGAGGCCACAACUAUUGAUGGCUGGCCAUUUCCUGUGAAAACUACGAGGUCUCAUUUUGAAGGUCUGUAUUUAGUUUUUAUUUGUGAUGUGACCAUUUUUACCAUCUUUUCUUCCUUAUUAUUCUGUUGCAAAUUCACUGACAACUUCACAAUUUUGUGAUGUAAUUUAGUCAGUUUGGAUUUUCAGAUAUAGUUUCCUUCGAAUUGGUGCACUGAAGUCGGCGCUUUGUCCUGCAAAACACAACUAUUUUCUUCAAAACACUAACCAUUUUCUUUCCUCCACUCUAUUGUUGUGGAGUUC